AUGGCUGUGCCUCAAGGUGAUGCAGAAGCCCAGGUGAUGCAGUGCCCUUCGCAUCAGGGUGGAACUGUAGAGCUGCUUCGGGGCGGCGUCCACAGCAGCCAGAGGGAAUCCAGCAAGCACCUGGGCUCCGUCUCGUCCCGCCCCCGCCCCGCCCCCAGCACGUGCACUGUGCCAGCCAAUCGGCGAGGAGCCCACCCUGGCAGCGUCGCUCAACCCUCAGAGCCUCGCGUGCGGAGGUCUUGUGAGGGGUUGAGGGAGGGGAGUCCUCAGGUUCAGGAGUCAUCCGGAGCGUGCGAAGACAUGCCGCCCGCGACAGUCAGGCGCAUCAAGACGGGUGCCAAGGCUCCGCCUGAGGCGCAGCGUAUGGCACCCCCUGACAUGGGGCGCCCAGGGAGGAUUAAAAGGGUCAUAUAUAAGAAGAAACAGCUAUUCAGAAGGAGUGUCAAUGCUUCUCUCAGAAACAUUGAGCGGAUAAUUGUGGAUUCUUGGAAGACCAGGACAGAGCAAAGGCAGGCAUUUUAUCUUCGUUAUUCUCAGCAGUUUCUGGACGCGCUUGAGGAGUGGGAUGGAAAUAUGCAGAAAACGAAGCAACAUGAAAGCAAUAUGGCUAAAAUACUUGAACUGCAACAAAAGGUUUCUCAACAGGCUAUAAAGCUUCGUACCAAGAGACUGAAAGAACUAAAAACGUUGUAUGGGAAUUUCUUACAGAGUAUCAAGUGCCUGAAGGAGAGGCAAAUAAAGCUUGCUAAUGAGCAAGGUGGAUUUACAAAAGAAAUGGCCAUACUACAAGCGGAAAACGUCACGCGGGCUGCCAGUCAGGUGGAAAGGAAUGCGGAGGGUGGGGUGGAGAAGAAUACAGGGCGUGAGGCUGAGCUGGUCUCUUGA